AGCAGGUGUUGAGAAUUAAAAUCAUGCACUUUCAUGAUAUUAGUUUAGUUUGCAUGUGGAAACAUUAAACUGAGAUUUAACAUGAGUGAGCCUUGAGGAGAGAUCACAGAUCACAGCAGGAGUCGAGAUGGAGCAGGGGUGAAACAGAGGUUGGGAGGUUCUCGGCAGCUGCAAGCAGUAAAAGCUGGCUGUAGGGACAAUAAAGUAAUAAAUGGCCAUUUUUGGGCAUGGUAUAGAUACCACAAGGAAGCUUGGCUGAUUUACAACACCAGACUGCAAAAAGGGGAAGGCACAGUCAGCAAGCUUUGAAGUCAAUGGUAUAAAGAUGUGCUGGAACUUCUAAUGGCAGAGACAUCUGGGUAAAGACAGCCAUGCUUUGCUGAAAUCUGCGAUCUCUCUCCAUAAGGCCUCAUGUAAUUUUCUUUCUUUGUGUUGUUUUGUAUAUUCAUUUUACAUUAGAAAUCAUUGGACUUAUUAUCUUCCAAAUUAAACUUGCAUUAAUCUUAAUUUCCUGCUCUUCAUCUGUUCUUUCUCACGAUAUCCUGACUGGGUGAGGUUGAGGCCGCAAGGAUAUCAGUGAUAGCAUUAUUUUACCUCAACAAUUUGGUCCCGUGACCCGGAUGUCGUGAGCAUAACCGAAGGAGAUCGCAUCAUCAGCGGGGAUGAAGUGACUCUGGGAUCCGUGGGGGAAGCCUGACGUCAAGCAAAGCACUGCUGCACAGCCUCCAUUAGCCGCAACAAACUUUAGGAUGCAGAAUUUAACACAUUUGACCAUUUUAGUGCCAUCAGCUGACACUAAGGACAACAGGUGUGAACACUUCCUUCACUACAGAGUUUCCUCAAUCUACAAGACCAACUAAUGAGCUUCACACCUGAAGGUGUUUUGAGGCAGCUCCACACGCCCACCAACCUCCUCCUUCUCUCUCUGGCUGUCUCGGACCUCCUUGUGGGCCUCCUGCUGAUGCCAGUUGAAAUCAUCUAUAUAGAAGCCUGUUGGUUUCUUGGUGAUAUUCUGUGCACACUCUAUUAUAUUGCAGACUACAUCAUUACCUCUGCUUCUGUUGUAAAUAUGGUUCUCAUUUCACUCGACCGGUAUGUAGCUAUCUGCUACCCUCUGCAUUACCCGACCAAAGUCACAAAGAGUACAGCACAGAUCUGUGUGAGUCUUUGCUGGAUUGGCUCUGUUUUUUACAGGCUUCUUCUUUUACAUGAUCACAUUGUAAAACCAGGAGUGUCUAUCUCCUGCUAUGGAGAGUGUGUGGUUGUCAUAAGUAACAUUGCAGGGAUAUUUGACAUGAUUUUCACCUUCAUCAUGCCAAUCUCUCUCAUCAUAGGUCUGUAUUUCAGGGUAUUUGUUGUUGCUUUGUCCCAGGCUCGAAUGUUGCGUUCCCAAAUUACAGCGGUAGCUGCCCAGCACAACUCUGUAACUGUGAGGAAAAAUGAGAUGAAAGCAGCCAGAACUCUUGGCAUUGUUGUUGUUGUGUUUUUGUUUUGUUUCUGUCCGUACUUUUUCCCAACUCUGGAGGGGGAGGACACAUCAGUGGAUGCUUCAUCCAUAGCCUUUGAGAUUUGGUUGGCACAUUUUAACUCCUGUUUGAACCCUGUCAUCUAUGCCUUUCUCUACCCCUGGUUCAGAAAAUCUAUUAAGAUCAUUCUAUCACUUCAGAUACUAAAGCCAGGCUCCAGUGACAUUAAAAGACUACACUGAGCGGAGAUUAAAGUGUAAAAUGCAUUAGUCUUUUGACUGCUUUCUCGUGAUUACUAGUUUAAAAAUACAAAAGAUCAAAAGAAUGAUUUCCCCUUCUGCAUUUAAGUAAUUUAAAUACAUAAUAAAACAGUAGCUAAGCUUGUUGCCUUUUUGUGCAUCAGACUGACAUUAAGCUGAAUUUGUACUGCAUCUGCCAAGUCUAAAAGCUAAAGUUUGGCACUGAGCAAAUAUUUUAACAAAAAUCCCACCACCAUGCAGAACAAGUUCAUUCUAUGCACACUAACAGGUGGCAAAAAAUAAAAGCACAUUUUGAUAUAUUAUGCAACUAUCCCCAAAAUGUAAAAUAAAAUGUUUUUGCUUUUUUGUAGGUUGUUUUACUGUUUAAAGAUAUUUUGGGAUAAUACAACAGUCCCAUUCUUUGGGCGCUAUUUAUUCUUCGGAGACUGUUUCCUUUUAUACUUUCCCUCUUGCUUCCCACAUGUGGUUCCCCCUUUGUGUGGAUGACAAGGGAACUAGCCAGCCAGUCCAUCUUUGCUAUGGGUGUUCAGAAUAGCUCUGAGCUAACCUCGUCAUCACUCAGUUGGCCCAUAAAUGUCUGAUACUGUCUGACAUAAUCAUUUCACAGUAAAGUGCAAUUUUGGUAUUGAUGUUCAUCAAUGUACCUUACAUUCUUAUUUGAUCCAAAGCUUUGAUUAUUCCUUAUUUUCCAGUUGUCCAUUACUCAUCAAUUACAUUUUACUAUUAUUAUUUUUCUUUCUUUUGUUCAGUAAAGUGUGUGUUAUUACUUUUGGUUGGAGAAUAUCGAUGACUGACACAUCUGAGUGUAAGGUUGAAAUAUAUACAUAUACAUAGA